AAACGGUGAACAAAGUACAAGCAAUGUCACUCAACAGACACCGGCUUGGGACUGGAUGAAUGAAGGACAGCUGCUUCUCCAGAUCUGAGACUUUUGCCACAACGCAGCUCCUAAAUUCGUAAUGGGACCACUGGAACUAUACUGCAAGGGAGCAAGUGUGUGGGUUCCUGAUGAAGUUGCAGUGUGGGUUUCAGCUCAACUCCUUCGUGACUACAACCCCGAAGAAAAACUGCUUUAUUUACAACUCGGCAAUGGACUGGAGCUACAUUACCCAGUGGAGUCCCUGUCUGACCUGCCACCUCUGGGAAACCCGGACAUUUUGGAAGGAGAGAACGACCUCACUGCUCUGAGCUUCCUCCAUGAACCUGCCGUCCUACACAACCUACGAGUCCGAUUUCUGGACUACAACAGUAUCUACACUUACUGUGGUAUUGUUCUUGUUGCCAUCAAUCCUUAUGACCAACUCCCUCUGUAUGGAGAGGAGGUGAUUGACGCGUACAGUGGUCAGGAUAUGGCAGACAUGGAGCCUCAUAUCUUCUCUGUGGCAGAAGAAGCAUACCGCACUAUGACCAGAGAAGAGAAAAAUCAGUCAAUUAUCAUCAGUGGCGAGUCUGGCUCUGGCAAAACAGUCUCUGCUAAAUUCACCAUGCGAUACUUUGCUGUGGUGGGAGGAGCAGCUCAGCAGACCAGUGUGGAAGAGAGGGUCCUGGCCUCAAACCCCAUCAUGGAGGCUAUUGGAAAUGCGAAAACGAUUAGAAAUGACAACAGCAGCAGGUUUGGGAAGUACAUUGAGAUUGGAUUUGGAAGAAAAGGAGACAUAAUUGGAGCCAACAUGAGGACAUAUCUGUUAGAGAAAUCAAGAGUGGUUUUUCAGGCCACCUCAGAGAGAAACUACCAUAUCUUUUAUCAGCUUUGUUCUGCCCGAAAUUACCCUGACUUGAGAGAACUCAAACUGCUUGCACCAGAAGAUUUCCGCUACACUGGUCAGGGGGGAGACGUGCAUAUUCCUGGCACUAAUGAUUUGGCCGAAUUAAAACGCACGUCCGAUGCUUUUACUAUUUUAGGUGUGCAGGGUGACCAGCAAAUGGAGCUGUUUAGAAUCCUUGCAGCAAUUCUUCAUUUGGGAAAUGUGAACAUCCAGGCGAGUGGGAGAAAUUCCGACAGAAGUUAUAUUGAUGCAGAUGACAGCUCUCUGGUCAUCUUCUCUAAGCUCUUGGGAGUGGAGGGCCCUCAGAUGGCUCACUGGCUAUGUAACCGCAGACUGACAGUAGGAGGAGAGACGCUGGUGAAGCCUGUGCCUGGGCAGCAGGCUGUGGAGGCCCGGGACGCACUGUCCAAACACAUCUAUGGACAGUUGUUCACAUGGACUGUCCACCGACUCAACUCAGCCCUAAGGAGUCAGAGAGGACAGCCCAAGAGCUUCAUAGGAGUGCUCGACAUAUAUGGUUUUGAGACCUUUACAAAGAACAGUUUUGAGCAGUUCUGUAUCAAUUAUGCAAAUGAAAAACUACAGCAGCAAUUUAAUAGGCAUGUAUUCCACUUGGAGCAGGAGGAGUACAUUCGUGAAGAGUUGGACUGGCACCGUAUCGAGUUCAGUGACAAUCAGUUGUGCAUCAACCUGAUCGAGGGGCAGCUGGGGCUGUUAGACCUGCUGGACGAGGAGUGCAGGAUGCCUAAAGGGUCAGAUGAAAGCUGGGUGAGGAAACUCUAUGAUCGACACUUGAGCAAGACACCUCAUCCUCACUUCCAGAAACCGCGUAUAUCCAAUAGUGCUUUCAUCAUUCUGCACUUUGCUGACAAUGUUCAAUAUGAGUGUCAAGGUUUUUUAGACAAAAACCGAGAUACAGUCUUUGAAGAGUUGGUUAACAUUUUGAAAGCAAGUCAGUCAGAGCUGGUGGCAGAAUUGUUCCAGCAGCAAAGCACUUUUACCUCAGUGACCCAAGAAAGUAUUCACUCUGGAAGAAGAGCUCACAAACUCACUGUGGGAUUUCAGUUUCGUCAGUCUUUACAGCUGCUGAUGGAUACUUUGAACAGCACAACACCCCACUAUGUCCGCUGUAUAAAACCCAAUGACCUCAAAGAGCCUUUUACGUUUGAUCCAAAAAGGACAGUUCAGCAGCUGAGAGCUUGUGGUGUACUUGAGACCAUUCGCAUUAGUGCUGCAGGUUAUCCCUCAAGAUGGACAUAUGAGGAGUUCUACACACGCUACAGAGUUCUGCUGCGCGGAGCUCAUGACCAGGAGCAGGCUCAGCUCUUGUGUCGAAAGGCACUACCUGAGCUCAUACCCGACCUGGACCAGUACCGCUUUGGGAAAACCAAGGUGUUUUUCCGAGCGGGUCAAGUGGCUCUGUUGGAGCGUCUGCGAGCGGAGAGGCUGAGGGUUGCCACGGUGAUUAUCCAGAGCUGGGUUCGGAGGUGGCUGGCUCAGAUCCGCUUCCACAGAACCCUAAAGGCUAUCAUGACUAUUCAAAGAUGCAUCCGAGGAACACUGGCAAGAAGGCUUACCAUGACUAUGCGUUACACAAAAGCUGCCCUCAUCAUUCAAAAGACAUACCGCAUGUUUGUGGUCAGACAGUUAUUCCAAAUGAUUCGACAAGCCACUAUCACCAUACAGGCCUUCACCAGAGGCACACUGGCACGACAGCAGUAUAGACAGCUGUUGUCAGAGCGAGCGGCUGUACUGGUGCAGUCCAGAGUGCGUGGCUGGUUAGCAAGGCGUGCCUACACACGUGUGCGGGCUGCUGUGGUCUUUAUGCAGUGCUGUGUCCGUCGACGCGCUGCCAGGAGAGAGCUACUCACACUCAAAAAAGAGGCAAGAUCCGUAGAGAGGUACAGAGAGCUCAACAAAGGCAUGGAAGUAAAACUGAUGCAACUACAGCUACGACUGGACCAAGAGGUUAAGGAGGCCACAUCAUUGAGAGAAACCUUAAAUACAGAACGAGAUGCCAGAAAAACUGAGUUAGAAACCCUCCAAGCAACUUUACAGAAACUACAAAAUCAAAAAGCUGAGCCUCAGCCCAGUCUUGAGAUCAUCAAAGAGGUAGAAGAGCAGAGACAAGCCAAUGAGAAGGCUGUACAGGAAAUAGAAAGACUGACACAGGAGUUACAAAUGCUAAAGAGCGAAAGAGAAUCUUUUAUGAAAGAAAAAGAGAACCUAUCAGCUCAUCUCCUUACUCAACAACAAGCUGGAGAAGAGAGCAUACAUGAGGCGGUGUUGAAGGCCACAACUACAAUUAAAAGUGAGUUGGAUGAAGAGAGGAGGAAGUACCAGGGUCUUUUAAGAGACUUCUCUAGACUGGAGCAGAGAUACGACAACCUCAAAGAGAUGAGUCUACUUACAGAGCGCACCAAGGGUCACCGGAGAACAGACUCCACACAGAGUCUGAGUUUUGAGCCUGUCUCUCCCUCUCUCACUCCUCUGUCCUCGCUUUCGACGACACCACUGUCUGCGUCCCCCUUCCCAUCAGGGCUGCCCUCUCCUGAGCCAGUGCGCAGGGUUAGCGUCACAUCACCCACUUUUGAGAGGAGAGCUCCGUGGAGCUCAGAAUCCAAUUCAAUGGAGCUGCUAAUGGAGAGCCUGGAUGUCUCCAAAGACCCCACAGUGAAGAUGAAAGGUGAUGACUUGGCUCAUGCUUAUGAUGCUGUCCGUGUGGCCAACAAAUUUCUGGAGAAUCAGUUACGUACUCAGCACAUCCACUGGCAGAAGGAAAUGGAGGCUUUGAGAUUUCAACUUAAAAAAGUAUCAUCUUCUGGUACAAUACCUCAGGAUAUUCAAGACUUGCUUGAAGCUAGAGAGCAGGAGUGUGUGAGACUGAGGCGAGAGCUGAGGGACCUUAAAAACACCAGCACAAUCAGGAGACUCCUCACUCAAGUUCUGUCAGUAUCUUCAACAGCUCAGGAGAGCUCAUGUGUAACUGAACCACCAAAGUCUGCCCCAGUUGCAGGUUUACUUGAGUGUAGGAAAAAAGAUGAAUGCAAACUUCUUAAGAAUUUGGUCACUGACCUGCGUGGGGACAUGGCCCUGACUUUACCUCCAGGUCUCUCUGCCAGUGUGCUUUUCUUGUGCAUACGUCAGAUUGACCAAAGUGGAGACCAGAUGCGAACUCGAUCUUUCUGCACUGCCAUUGUUUCUGCUGUUAAGGCUGCUUUAAAGAAGCACAGCAAUGAUGUAGACAUGACAGCCCUUUGGCUCAAAAAUGGCUGCUUGCUUCAUGACCUGUUGGCCCAGCACUCUUCAAAGCAGAUGUGGGAGUCAGAUGAAAUGGUGCCCUUGGCGGUAGACCUUAGUGACCAGAUACGUGUGUUGAGUGACCUUUGUAUUCAGGCCUAUCAGCAGCUUCUGUCCAUCACCGAGGCUCGGUUGCAGAGCAUUGUUGUGCCGGCGCUGUUGGAGAGUGAGAGCAUCUCAAACCUGGCAGGCUCAGCUGGAAAGCUGCCAUUAUCCAGGAAGCGUACAAGCUCAGACACUCGGAUGGUGGGGGGAGAAGCCCCUAGCAUGAGCUCUUUGCUGAGAGAGUUAGGGGCACUACACACAGCCAUGUCCCGCCAGGCUCUGCCCCCUGAACUUAUGGAGCAGGCCUUCCACCAGCUCACCUACCUCAUGUGUGCCUCAGCCUUCAACAGCCUGCUACUCCGCAAGGACAUGUGCAACUGGAGUCGCGGCAUGCAGAUACGUUACAAUGUGAGUCUGCUGGAGGAAUGGCUGCGUAGUCGAGGACUGUCAGCAGGGGGCACUGUGGCUACAUUGGAACCCUUGAUCCAGGCGGUGCAGCUGCUGCAGAUGGGAAAGAAAACUGAAGGCGAUGCUAAGUCCAUGGUUCAGACAUGCACAGCUCUUUCUAGCCAGCAGAUUGUGAAGAUUUUGACCCUAUACACACCUCACAGCGAUCUUGAUGAAAGAGUCACUUUGAAUUUUAUACGCACUGUCCAGGGGCUUCUCAAAAAAGGCUCUGACAGCCAGGCUCCACAGAUCCUUAUGGACGUGAGGCAAGUCUUUCCUGUGACAUUUCCCUCUUUGCCCUCACCAAACCUCCAUGCAGAUCAGCUGAAGAUUCCAGACAACCUUAAGAUUUCCUUCCUACGCAGGGCCUAAGAAUGUUUGAAUUUGUGCCUGCUUGAACCACACUAUUUUCUAACUUUUUAACUAACUUUCUAACUUCAAAUGAUUUAGAAAUAAGUAGACAUAUAUUAAGACUUCAUGUCAUAUUUUAUUGGAAGCAGAAUCACAUUGCAACUGCAAUCCAAGUCCAUCCCC